UGCAACUCCUCUACCGGCCAAAAAAUGUUGUUAACAACAAAUUAUUUGAUAAUCUCACUGAAUACAGGAAGAUCAUUGAGGCCCUUCAAUACCUUACAAUUACAAGACGGAAUAUAGCCUUUGCUGUCAAUUUUCUCUACCAAUAUAUGCACACACUGCAAAAUUCUCAUUAUGAGGCUCUUAAACACUUGCUCUGGUAUCUUAAAGGUUCAAUUAGGUUCGCUCUCCGAAUCACACGUGCACCUCACCUUCCAAACUUGCUCCGAUGUAGAUUGGGUUGUAGACUCAUCUGACCACAGACUCAUUACCGGUUUUUGUAUCUUUUUGGAAGGAACAUCAAUCUCAUGGACCGUCAAGAAACAAUUCACGAUCGCUCGCUCUUCCACAAAAGCUGAAUGCUGUGCAUUUGCAGCUGCAACAACAUACCUUAUAUGGCUUCGUCGUUUACUCGUCGAAUUGGGUAUUCAACUGGAUCAUCCUACACCCCUCUUUUGUGACAAUAUAUCCGCUAUGGUCAUCGCCAACAACCCUGUUUUUCAUACAUGCACCAAAAAUAUUGAAAUUGACUACCACUUCAUUCGUGAACACAUUAACUACGAUAAUCUUCAACAACAUUACCUACACACCCAGGAUCAAACAACUAAUAUCUUCACCAAAUCAUUGCACAAGCAAUGCUUCCAACAUCUUUGCUCCAAGCUUCAAUUCAUCAUCGAGACUCGUCAGCUUACAAGAGGGUAAUACCCACAUAAUCAAAUUCAGUUCUAUGGUAAUGUUUCUCUUCUCAUUCUUCGCACGCCUCAACCACUAGCUCACUCCAUACGGUCCAAUAUCCUAACCGUCUCUGGCAGAAAAUAUAUUAUUAGUUAUACGCAAAUAUAUAUAUCAACCCUCUUUGUAUACACAUAGUUUUCAUGAAUGGAAUGAAUUACUGAAUCCCUUUCCUCUAUCUUCUCCUCUGCACCAAUUCUCUGUUUCCUCUCUUCCUCGUUCGACUUUAACAAGAAGUGCGGGUUAUGUAUGUAAAUGCCCCAAAAAGAAAAUAAUAGACUGAGCCACAACUCUAUAUAUAGCUAGCUUUAAUCAAGCCCAAAACCUCACUGAAACACAACUAAAUCUAUUAAAAAUCUGAAUUUAUCAGAUAAAACCAGACUUUCGCCUUACUGCCAUUCUUAAAAUAUAAAUUUAUCAGCUGUACAUAUAUUCCAACUCACCUUACCUCUAAAGAAGAUCAAUAGAGCGAUCGAACCAUGCCCCUUUUACCCCCACCGGGCUCACUUGAUCGAAUAAAGCUAAAGAAUCCAUGAACGGUCGCUUUAUACUCUUUCAAAAAUCUAAAAAAGAUUUAAAUUACUGUUAUCCCAACGGCUGUUUUGUUUUUUCCCGUUACAUCCUGCUUUAAAAGCUCCCCCUUUUCUCCAUGCCGAGCUCUCCAGCAUCUUGUCAGAAUCAGAGCCCAGUUUCUUCUUCUUCGCAUCAUCCCUUACUCUUCUAGGAGAAGACUCCUCAAAGUUGAAGACUUUGUUCUCAGAGCCACUCAGUUUCUGAGAUUCCCCGCCUUUUCCUUUCACUAAUUAUAAACUUAGCAGCCAGCCAGCCAGCCACUCACAAUGUAUUCAUGAAAAGCUCAAUCAACUCAAUGUCUCAUACUCUCUUCGUCUUCUUCCUCCUCCCCACCUCGCUUCUCACCUACAUCACCUGCACUCCUUUGCUCGAAGAUGGCAAAACCCUAGCUUCCCUUAGAAAAACCCUUCAUUCCCCGCUUUCAGUAUUCGACACCUGGAACGUUUCGAAUCCCAGCUCCGUAUGCUCGUGGGCGGGUGUCAGCUGCGAUGGCCGCCGCGUGACAGCCAUCGAUCUCUCCAAUCUUAACAUCUCUGGUUCAGUCGAGCUCGCCGGCCUUGAUUCACUCAUAAAACUCUCCCUCGCCGGAAAUAAGCUGAACGGCUUCCUCACCCUGUCCAAGUUUCCGAAUCUUCGAUACCUCAAUAUCUCCGGCAAUCAAUUCUCCGGCAACCUCGAGAUGGACUACUCUGGGAUGCCGAAUCUUGAGGUUUUUGAUGCAUAUGACAAUAACUUCACCGCGCCGCUCCCGCUCAGCGUUACCAACUCUCAGAGGCUUCGGUAUCUCGAUCUCGGGGGAAACUUCUUCUAUGGAAGGAUUCCUUCAAGCUACGGAAAAAUGGUGGCAAUGGAGUCGCUCUCGCUCACCGGAAACGAUCUCCGAGGGAGAAUACCCGGCGAGCUCGGAAACCUAACAAAGCUGAAUUAUCUCUAUUUGGGCUAUUUCAAUGCGUUUGAGGGCGGGAUACCAGCCGAGCUCGGCAAGCUCGGCGAUCUUGUUCACCUCGACAUCUCCAGCUGCGGGAUCGAAGGCCUUAUUCCUGAUCAAUUGGGGUAUUUGAUCAACCUCGACACGCUCUACCUCCACACCAACGCUUUGUCCGGCGAGAUUCCGGCGGCCCUCGGGAAUCUAACGAGGCUCGACUACCUCGAUCUUUCAAACAAUGCGCUCACCGGUGAAAUCCCUCGGGAAUUCGCCCGCCUCACUAAGCUUAGUUUGUUCAAUCUGUUCAUGAACAGGCUGCACGGCUCGAUACCGGAGUUCAUCGCCGGUUUGCCGGAGCUGGAGACUCUGGAGCUGUUCAUGAACAAUUUCACCGGCGUGAUACCAGAGAAGCUUGGCUCCAGCGGGAAGCUCCAGGUGCUGGAUAUUUCAUCAAAUAAGCUUACCGGAACUAUACCAGAGGAACUCUGCCCCUCCAACCAACUCAAAAUUCUAAUUCUGUUCAAGAAUUUUCUCUUCGGCCCCCUGCCGGAGACUUUAGGGGAGUGCUUGAGCUUGACGAGGGUGAGACUUGCGCAGAAUUAUUUCAAUGGAAGCGUCCCGUUAGGGUUAAUUUACCUUCCUCAUCUCGAUCUAUUAGAACUUCACAACAAUUACCUCUCCGGAACGAUUUCUGAAAACCCCGAUCGUGAACGAAGAAGGGAAUCUCAAUUGACUGUUUUGAAUCUAUCAAACAAUAUUCUCUCCGGCCCAAUUCCAGCUUCAAUUUCAAACCUAUCAAUUCUCGAAACCCUAAUCAUCAGCAGCAACCGACUCUCCGGUGAGAUUCCACUAAACAUCGGGCUCCUCCAACGAGCAGAGAAAAUGGAUUUUAGCCGGAACCAACUAUCCGGCGACAUACCCUCGCAAAUCGGACAAUGCGCGCUACUGACCUACCUCGAUCUAAGCGGAAACAAUCUCUCCGGCCGCAUCCCGCUAGAAAUCGCCUCCCUCAGCGUGCUUAGCUACCUAAAUCUCUCCCGAAACCACCUCUCCGACUCCAUCCCCAGCUCCAUCGGUUCCAUCUCCAGCCUCACCGCCGCCGAUUUCUCCUUCAACGAUCUAUCCGGCCGCUUAAUCGACUCCGGCCAGCUCGCCUUCCUCAACGCAUCAGCCUUCGCCGGAAACCCCCGCCUAUGCGGCGCUGCAAUCAGCAACCCAUGCAUCCAUUCCGCAGCAGCACCAACACCAUCUCCUCAUCUCCGGCGUUUCCCGACUGACUUCAAGCUCAUCUUCGCCGUCGGCCUCCUAAUCUGCUUCCUUUUCUUCGCCGCCGCGGCCGCCUCAAAGGUACGAACCCACCGCCGCACCACCGCCGCCGCCGCCGCACCGUGGAAGAUGACCGCGUUCCAGAAAGUGGGUUUCGUGGUAACGGAAGUGGUGGAGAGCAUGAAAGAAGGAAACGAGAUUGGGAGAGGUGGAGCCGGGGUGGUGUAUCUGGGACGCUCACCGACCGGUGACGCCAUCGCAGUUAAGAAACUGCUGGGGUUCGGAACAAACGGUCACGAUCACGGUUUCCGCGCCGAGAUUCGUACUCUGGGGAGAAUCCGGCACCGGAACAUCGUCCGAUUACUGGCCUUCUGCUCGGAUUCGCACACCAACGUGUUGGUGUACGAAUACAUGAGUAACGGCAGCCUGGGUGAGGUGCUCCACGGGAAGCGCGGGGGUUUCCUUAAGUGGGACCGGCGGUACAGGAUAGCCUUAGAGUCCGCCAGGGGUCUAUGUUACCUUCACCACGACUGCUGCCCCAUGAUCAUACACCGCGACGUUAAAGCCAACAACAUCCUCCUCGACUCCCAUCUUGAGGCCCACGUGGCAGACUUCGGACUCGCCCGGUUCCUUCCGGACGGUAUCGCCUCCGAGUGCAUGUCGGCCAUUGCCGGAUCCUACGGCUACAUUGCUCCAGAGUAUGCCUACACGCUGAAAGUGGACGAGAAGAGCGACGUCUACAGCUUCGGGGUAGUUCUCCUAGAGCUGAUCACCGGCCGCCGCCCCGUUGGAGAUUUCGGCGACGGAGUCGACAUAGUACAGUGGGUCAAGAAGACCACAAAUGGCGGAAAACAGAACGUUGACACAAUCCUGGAUUCAAGGCUCGGCUCUGUGCCAGUAGAGGAAGCCAUGCACGUCUUCUUCAUCGCCAUUCUAUGCGUCCAGGAGAACAGCGUAGAGAGGCCGACGAUGAGAGAAGUUGUCCAGAUGCUCUCAGAGUUCAGCCGCCAUGUUUGUACAGAAGAGAUGAUCCCUGCAACCUCCUCUUGUUCCAAGCAGUUGCAGCAAACAGAGCAGUGCAGAAUGCAGAGUAGUAAUUGUUAUAAGCUCUUUCCGGAUCUGUUGUCAUGAAGGAGAAGGUAUUGGUUGGUUAUUAUAGAUGUUUGGUGAUCAAAGUUAGUAUUUUUUUUUCUUAUGUUUAUGUAUAUUUUAGUAUGUUUAUGUAUAUUUUCUUAUGUUGGUGAUAUAUGUGAGUAUAUAAUAGGGUGAAGUGUGGGUUUGAGCCACAGCAUUUGCUACUUGAUUGUUGAUGUCAUAUCAUAGGGAUAAUUCUUUCUUUCCUUUGUCUCUGCUUCAAUGAUUGUGGAUAAGGGUGUACUUUGGUGAUUUGA